AUGGACGAUGCUGAGGAUAAUGUUGCUGAAGCAGAAGCUGGUCCGAAUGCUCAAGCUGGCUUUCAGCCAAUCAUUCUAGAACCUGUGGAAGGAACACCUGAGGAAGGAACACCUGUGGAAGGAACACCUGAGGAAGGAACACCUGUGGAAGGAACACCUGAAGAAGAAUCACCUGAAGAAGAAACGCCUGAAGAAGAAACGCCUGAAGAAGAAUCACCUGAAGAAGAAUCACCUGAGGAGGAAGGACCUGAGGAGGAAGAAGGACCUGAGGAAGCACCACCGCCAGAUCUAGACGACUUUGAACAAUUCUUUAAUCAUGUCAGGCCGUUAAACAAUGAUAUGAAGCUUUUGCUCGGAUAUCCUCAUAGUCGACGCCACGAACGCUACUAUCCAGAUAGUAUUAAUCUAUCUCAACGGUUAACUGAGUAUUUGCUCAACCCCCACAAGCUGACCCAUGCUGCUCCAUUUCAUUUGAAAGCGAUCCAAGUCCUCAUUGGUGAUCUUGUAGAAGAUACUAGAGUGGCGAUUAUUAAUGCGCUUAGAAAUUUGAUUAUGGAGACACCUCAUCCAUUUCCAGCAGGCCGGCAUAUUUCGAUAAACUAUGAAGUAAUGGUGGAUUUCCGUCGUGAGCCUCUCUUUGAGGUCGAAGUGAUCCCGCGCAACACCAGCGUCGACAACUUAGCCAAAAUGAUCGCCACAACUGCCAGACUGGGCGUUCUCAAUUAUCCCGGUGUCCAGAUCCAAAUUGGCGAGGCUAACUUUCUUCCCAACAAUCUUUUCUAA